AUGAGCGACCAGCCGACGCCUCUCACACAGAAGCUGCUGCUGGAGAGGCUCCGAGGGCUUCGGAGAGAUCCGUUGGGGGAGUGCUCCGAGCAGGGCUGCAAGCAGGAGGCGGUCUUCGAGAAGGUUUCGCCGCUCUUCGGGAUGGCUGCACCGCUUGAGCGGCGGACGCGCUGCUACUGCCUCCGCCACGGGUCGUGGUGGAUGGACGAGAAGGCACGGGUGCUUGCGUCGGGCACGUGGAUGGACUCCGCGCGGACGGACACGGCCCACCACCUGUUGCUGCUGCUGGGGAAUCACAUCCGCCCCUGCCUGCCUCGCUUCGCGAGCCGUGAAGCGGCGACAUUGCCGGGCACCCGGUAUCGUCCCGACCUCUUCUUCGUCGGGAAGGAGCGGGGAGUCAUCGUCAUGUGCGACAGGCACGGCAACUUCGAUCAUUCGGGGGCGGUCGACGACGACCGGACGGUCUUGACGCUCGCGGCUGCCGAGAGCCUCAUCGGCAAGCCGGUCCACCUGAUCCGCUUCCGUCCCGACGAGUACGAGGACGAGAACGGCGUGUGGGGGAUGCACUCCUCUUGGGUGCACCGCCUGCACCGCCUCGCGGUGUCGGUGCUCUUCGCGAUGUUCCGCGCGGAAGGGCCCGCGCAGGUCGACUACGACGUCCGCGGCGACGGGCGCCUGACCGUCGAGCGACUGUUCUACGGCGCGUACCCGUGCCCGCCGGCGGAGCUCCUCAGGAUGGUCGCGCCGGGGAUGCCACAGAUUCAUGAGUACGAGUCUGAGGCCGAGGCUGAGGCCGAAUUCAGGCUGAGGAACUCGUUCAAGACGACCUGGCAGCGGAUCUUCGAAGCUAUUGGCGGGUCUCAAGAGACGUGCGAGGCACUCAAGGACCUUGCACUGCGGGGCCGUACGGCACACGUCCCCCUGCCUGCGGCCGCAGACGACGCGGCCUGCAAGGACCGGCGGUUCCAGAGGCUUCCUCGGCCGUACGAGGGGGUCGGAUCCCCCGAGCCCUUGGCGGUGCCUCCGUGGGAACAGGAGCACAUCAACGCAAAUGCGCAAUCAUCUGCCACGAAGUUCGGGCUCGGGGACGUCGAGCACUUCGACGUGUAA